UAUUAUCCAAUUAAUAUUUAUAAAACAAUGAAAAAGCCUUUAUAUUUAUCAGACCUUAUAUAUUUUAUUCUGUCUAUAGGAAACAUUAUCCAACUCUUACUUUUAUAGAAUAGACCUCUUUUAACAAUAGUUUUGAUGACAAUCACUCUUGGGAUGUUAAUUAUAUAUCUCUUUAUCAAAAUUUACUAUUACUCAACUGAUGAUUCAUCUAUUAUAUUAUUGAUGCUUAAUACUAUUAUUAUCAUCAUAAGAAUCAUAGCUAUUAAUAAUGUUCAAUAAAUUAUUUAUUAAACAGAUAUGUAUUGUAUUUCUUCUUAUUAGUUUUUUUUGAUUGCUUCACAUCUUUAUCAUACAAAAUUCAAAUCAUAAAUUUAAGUUUAUAUCAGCAAUUAUCUAUACAAUAUUAUAAGCAUCAUUGGAUCCAAAUUUCUACAGAAUUAUUUUAUCAUUAACUAUCUUUCAUUAAAUGAUAUAAAACAAGUAAAUAAAUUUAUUUUAUUUUCAAGAACUAUUGUUAACAAAAAUCCAGAAACUCCAAAAAAAAUACUUAAAUAAUCUCAUACUUGGCAUAACAAUUAAAACUAUAUUGAUAAUUAACUUAAAACUGAUUUAAAUAUCAAAAAUAUUUCAUCUUAACCAAACAUGCAUAUUUAAUGUGAUUCUUUAAUUAAAGAAGAUACUAUUGAUAAUUUAAAAAGAGUAUAAGAAUUAUUUCAUUUACCUUUCAUUAUUACUGAUAAAGAUGCAAAACCAAUUUUAUAUAAUUCAUACUUUAUGGAUGCUUUUGAAAAAAUUGAUUAAAAAAAUAUUCAAUAUGGAAUUAAAAAUAUAAAAAUACAUCGUUUAGAUAAGAAUAGCCAAAAAAUUGUAAAAAAAUUUUAUUAUGAGAAAUAAAUGAAUCAAAAUAUUUAUUUAAGAUCAUCCAGUCAACCUAAUACUUAUCCAUUAUUAAGCAUCUCUAGCUAACCAAUUAAAUUACUCUUAAAUCAUAUUUUAUAAAUAAUGAAUGCUUAAUAUUUUUAAUGUUCUGUCAUUGAUUUUUAAUCUGAAUAUCUAAAAAGUAUUUAUUAAAUUGACAUUAAAUUCAUUCAAGGUUAUUUUCUAUUUAUUUUUACAUAAACAUAAGAAAGAGAUGAUUAUAAAAAUAAAAUUAACACCAAACUUCUUAUGAAUUAAUUAUUUAGAAGUUUAAGUCAUGAAUUUAGCACUUCCCUUAAUUGCAUAUAAAUAUUGGCAGAAAAUGCAUUAGAAGAACUUUAAGAAAACACAGUUAAUAAGUACAUUUAACCUUUAUUAAAUUCAUGUAUUCUUUUUAAGUAUUUUACUAGGUUAUAUUUUAAAUAGUAUAGUUUAGGAUGUUAAAGAUUUUAGUUUAAUUUUGUCAAAGAAUUUUACAUUAACAAUUAAAAAUACAAAUAUAUGUAAAUUGAUUAAUGAAGUUACAGCAUUAUUCUAAUCAUAAAUAUAAAUGAAGGGAUUAAAAAUUAAUAUUAUAACUAAUAAUAUAUCAAUACAUACAGAUGCUUAAAGAGUAAAAUAAUCACUCAUUAAUUUAUUAUCAAAUGCUUAAAAAUUUACAUUCUAAGUAUGAUAAUUUACAAAUUUAGGGAAGUAUUGCUAUUAUUGCUACUGAAGAGAUUAUAAAUAAUAUCAAAUUUGUUAAGAUUUCUGUUGAAGACACAGGCCCUGGAAUGGAUAAUGAAACUCAAAUAAAAUUAUCAUAGUUUUUAAAAUCAAGUUAAAAAGGUCGAUAUAAAGAUUAAAAUUAAUCUUUUGGAAUGGGUUUAUUGAUAACAUAAAAAAUAGUUAAAGGUUUGUCUUUGAAUCAUGAAGGCGGUAUACAUUUCGAAUCUAAUGUUUAAUAAGGAUCUAAAUUUUGGUUUUUGGUUUAAGAUUUGAAUUAAGAAGAAUUACCAAAUUAGAAUUCGAAGUAGACUAUUCGAUACAAUAAGAUCAAUUCUUCUUAAAGCUAUUCUAAAUAUGAUAUAAGUUAACCUGUAAGUCCUAGUAUAAAAGAUUUAAAAAGAUAGUUUUCACCACUUCUAUCACAUAGAUUUACUAAAGAUGGUUAGAAUCUAUUAUUAAAUCAAAGUAGUUCGAUUAGUCAAUCAGAAAGUAAAAAUUAUAAAAAAUUAUAGAUAUUUCUUUUUAAGAAGAAAAAUUUGAUUGUAUAAUCAAUCCUUAUAUUAUGAAAUAAGGAUGCCAAAAACCAUUGAUACAAAUAGACAUAAAUGAAGGAACUUCUAUUUCAACAAAAAUAUUAAUUGUUGAUGAUGAAUUUGUGAACAUCUAUGCUUUAAAGAUAAUGUUAAAUAGGCUAAAUUACUUAUGUGAUGUAGCUAAUAAUGGCUAUGAAGCAUUAGAUAAAUUUAUGCAACAUUAAUAUUAGCUAAUUUUUAUGGAUAUAGAAAUGCCAAAUAUGAAUGGAAUUACAGCAACUAAAUAAAUUCUUUAAUUUUGUGAAUAAAAUGAUCUACAAAAACCAAUAAUAAUAGCAUAAACUGCAUAUACAGAUUCUUUGACAAAGACAUUCUGUUAUGAAUCAGGGAUGAGUUAUUUUUUAUAAAAACCAAUCCAUACAAAGGAUAUUAAGUAAAUUCUUGAUGAAAAAUUAUGA